AUGGUCGCCCCGGAAUUGCGCCGGCAGGUCAUCAAUGUAUACAAAGAACUUCUUUGGCUAGGACGCGAAUAUCCUCUGGGAUACAAAUAUUUUCGAGAUCGGCUCCAUCGUGCGUUUGCAGGCCAAGCUCAUCUCCAGGAUGAGGAGCAGAUCCGAAAGGGGAUUGCUAGGGCGGAAUUUGUAAAGAAAGAAGUCGAAGCAUUGUACUAUUUGAAGCGGUACCGAACACUGAAAAAACGGUAUGAAACCGCAUAA